AUGAAAAAAGAGCCAAGAGGUAAGCUAUGUCAUAAAGCUUCGGAGGAGGUUAUUGCAGCUAAAUGGCAUGAUAAUAGUAUCGUCACCAUUGCAUCCAACUGCCAUGGAUUAGAUCCCAUCACAAAAGUGGAUCGAAUUGGAUUUGUGGACAAAAAGCGGGCUAAAAUUCAAGUUGAUUGCCCAACCAUUAUCAAUAUGUACAAUAAGUACAUGGGUGGAGUAGACCGUUUUGACGAAAAAGUUCACUCCAUGAGAGUAGCUCUUCGCGGCAAAAAGUGGUGGUUUCCGCUCUUUGCUUUUGGCUUAGAUGCAAGUUGCCAAAAUGCAUGGCUAAUCAAAAGAAAUUCAGAUAACAACUGGACCUACUGCGAUUUCCGUCGAAAUGUGGCAACUAUCUACCUGCAAAAAUAUGGCAAAUCUCCCACCCGCAAUUCCGUUUGUGGUGUUCCUGUGCAGAUGAGAGUGCCUUUCGAG